AUGAGUUACACUCUCCCCGUGGUGAUCGUCAAUGAGACCAAUGAGGCCCUCACGGUAGUUGACUGCUGGUACUACGCGAACAGCGGCACUUGGACCGAAGAAAAGUGCGACAAGAUUGUGCUCGAGAUGGGUGGGAGCGGCACAUCAGGCAUGCUUCGUAUCAAGACCUCAUCAGGCACUACGUUCAGUGUCAUUGUGGGUUGCCACAAUUACGACUUCUGGUGCGAUGCGCAAGUGGAUCUGUAUGACGAUGAUACGGCAGUGAAGCUGCAUCCUGAGUACUACAACGGAGGGAUCCUAUCUCACAAGCCGCGAUCUAUCACUGAACGCACGACUUCAGCCGGGAGAACGGUACGAGUCUAUUUGCAGGGCUUGCCAUGUGGUCGACCACCUGUUAUUAUCACCUAUUGUUGA